UGAACGCCGACGUAAGAGACAAAAGUUCCAACGGAGGUAGACGGAGUUUAUGCAUGGUAAGGGGUGUUAGGGGAUAAGAUGAUCGAUCGUGCAUAAAAGUUGGGCCUCGGUCCCGAUUAAUACAAUUAUGAAUGUUUGGCUUCGCCUCGUCUCACAUAUCGUAUUGCGUAGUGCUGUACCUUUUUAGAGGAUGGUUGGGAGGUGUCUCUUUGUUGAUAUCUGGCUGUUUCACCGAAUGGUAAGGGGAAUUUGGGUAUAAAGAUGUCUCGGUGGUUUCUACUAUAAAUGGAGGACGUUGAGCAUCAGGUGAAGCGAGCAUACGAAUGCGAUCUCUCAGGAAUUAAGUAAAAAUUGAAUCAUCUGAAAAAUUGAGGAAAAUGACAACACCAGCUCCCCAACUGUAUAACCUUCCGAGCGAUGCAGUCUGGUUUAUCACCGGCUGCUCCUCAGGCAUGGGCCAAGCCCUAGCCCAGCACAUAGCGACCAAGACGUCGCCACCACAGCGCGUCGUCGCAACGGCGCGGAACCCAGCCUCCCUCGCAGAGAUCCCGGAUGGGCCUAAUGUACUUAAACUGCCAUUAGACGUGACAUCGUACAAAUCCAUAGACGCAGCAUUCGAUUCAGCCGUCGCACACUUCGGGCGCGUGGACGUAGUCGUGAAUAACGCAGGCUACAACCUAAUGGGCGACGCCGAAGCCUCCGAGCCAGGCAACGCAGGAGCGCGGACUUUAAUCGAUACUAAUUUCUGGGGAGCGGUUGACGUGACGAAACGUGCACUCGCCAUAUUCCGAGAUACUAACCCCAAGACCGGACAACGGGGCGGCGUGAUCUUGAAUAUCACAUCUAUGGGGGGAUUCAUCAGUUCCCCUGGAAACUCGUUCUACCACGCGAGUAAAUACGCAUUGGAAGGGUUCGCUGAGAGCGUGGCUAAGGAGGUUCUUCCAGAGUGGAAUAUUCAUAUCUGUAAUGUGGAGCCUGGUGGUGUGUUGACGAAGUAUACUACGACUUCUUUGAAGAGGAUGCCGAGACACCCGGCGUAUCUGGAGGGCCCGACGACGGAUUUGUUGAAGUUCAUGGAUGAUACUGAGACACAUAAGUUGUUUGCGUCGCCGGAGCAAGUCGCGCAGGCGAUUUAUGGUGUUGUAGGGAGUGGACGGAGGAUUCCGGUUCGGAUACCGAUGGGACGGGAUGCUUGGGGGAUUGUUAUGAGCGAGGUUGAGAGGGUGAAGGAGGAGUUGGAGGAGUUUAAGGAUGUUAGUUGUGCGAUGGGGGAUUAUAAAGUUGAGGAUAUGGCCAAGCUCGUGAAAUAGAUCGAUCCUCGUGAAAUCCUAGUAGCAAUCCAGACUCAAGAAUAGUUUUCCACAUAAUAAGACUUGACGCACGCGUGCAAUU